AUGCCCUCAGUUAGCGGAGUCGCUCCUGCAGCUAGAAGUGAACUAUAUAGUAGGGAUGCCCAGAUUGUCAUCGAAGAGCAAUUCCAGACAGUCAUGGACUCUUUUCAGAGGCUCUUUGGGAUAUUCAGCGUGGUGAAUAAAUCCGUGUAUUAUCGCGAUUUACUCCACCUCGAACAGGUCAUGGGCGCAGAACUGGACAAAGAAACACAUCUCCGAAAUUUGACGAAUGCGGUGUCAGCAGUUUCCCAGACAAAAGAUGAGGAGAUUAGAAAGCUCGCCGAAGAAAACGAGAGGUUAAAGACGGAGCAUGAGACCUUCGAGGAGAACAAGAAGACCUUUAAAGCUGAGAAAGAGGAGUUUGAGAAAAAAUGUCGCGACAUGGAAAAGAACUACAAGAGUCGGGAGGAAGAGCUUGAGGAGAGGUUUAAAGAAAAACGUAAAACUGCGGAAGAACUUCUUAAGAAACGUCUUGAGAGGGAGAAGAAGGCGGUGGAAGAAAAGGUGGAAAGCGAACUCGAGGAGCUCAAAUUCAGGAACGCAGAACUGAAGAUGAAACUCGAGACAAAAAUGUCCGAGUCCGAACUCAAAAUUGAGAGGUACGAGGCGUACGAAAAACUGCAGAAGGAAAAAAUCAACGACCUGGAAUCAAAGCUGCAAGUCGUUGACCCCAGUUAUGCGAUGAGCAAGAAGUCCAGCACAUACUAUCACGAGAUCUUCGGGAAAUUUUCAGAUAAGAUUGCGAAGAUUGCGGACGAUCAUUUUGGAAAAAGCCCACCCGAGGAUCACAUAAACAUCAUGCAACUUUUAGGACAGCAGCACAGACUUUCUGAGGUCAGUAAAAUAUUCAAUUAUGCUUCCAGUUCGGAGACGGAAGUCGCAGCAAACCUCAGAAAGUGCGCCAUUCGCCAUUUCAUUGCAUCUCAAGUCGCUAAGGUGCUCAUGAAUUCACCCUUCUCCCCAAGGACAUCAGAUCGGGACAAUAAGGGUCUGCAAGCUAUUCAUGACUCAUCAAAACUCAACAAUCACCAAAGGAUGUUGUGGAGAAUGAUCACUUUGAGAGCUAUUGAUAGCCGCGCCGGGUUUACAGCAUGGGCGAAAGAGCUAUCAGCGGAGGCCAUGGAGAAGAUUCAAUACCUCGUCGAAAACAAGCAGCAUAGUAAAAUCAAAAGAGAGCUGGCAAGCCUGUUCGAAUUUACACUUGAUGUGUGGGAUAUAACGAUGAGAGACGGGCGUAAUUUGGUGAUCAAUACGCACCCGCCCAGCAAGCAUAACGGGACGUGGAAGUUCAUAGACAACCCUUUGCCUUUCAGCAACGGAAACGGUAGCACUACAGCAACUGCAGCACCGAGAGUCGUAAAACAAGAGUCGUUUGCCAUCUUCCCUCGGAUCACAGGGGAGUUUGAAGUGGAAGGAAAGAAUGAAGAUAUGAAAGAAGAGAUUCUCCAUCCGGGAAUUGGGCUCUUCUCUGAUUCUCCUGUGUUCGAGCUGGGCCUAAGGGAAUUCCAGGAGCUUAAGAGAGAGGUCAACAAUUCCCAUAAGCGACACGCAUCCAUUUCGUCCCCAAUAAUAGCAGAGCCGCAGCAGCUAUCACUUGACACAGGAGCUGGCAGGCCGAGAAAUGGAUCGACCUAA